CCUCCAGCACCGUCAGCACCACAGCGCUCCUGGAUGCUGCGCUGGAGUAUGUACGCAUGCGCACCACAGUGGAAUUACUGCACAUCGCUCUCUUAAGUUGGAUCUUCUCUGUCUUCACGGAAACCAGAAAACAUAUAAAAGUAUGGCCAUCUUUAGAAUAAGACAAAAGUGCUUCGUGCGCUUCUGGACGUUUUCCGUGAUCGUAGCCGUGGUGUGCGCGCAAAGUGUCAAUGAUCCAAACAAUAUGGCUCUUGUAAAAGAAACUGUUGAUAGACUAUUGAAAGGAUAUGACAUUCGCUUGAGGCCAGAUUUCGGAGGUCCUCCGGUGGGAGUGGGGAUGAAUAUAGACAUAGCCAGCAUAGACAUGGUCUCAGAAGUGAAUAUGGACUACACACUGACUAUGUAUUUCCAACAAGCCUGGCGAGACAAACGUCUGUCUUAUUCUGAGAUUCCUCUUAACCUGACGCUGGAUAACCGGGUAGCUGAUCAGCUGUGGGUGCCGGACACAUACUUCCUAAAUGACAAGAAGUCUUUUGUACAUGGUGUAACAGUAAAGAACAGAAUGAUCCGUCUCCAUCCAGAUGGCACUGUGCUUUAUGGUCUCAGGAUUACGACCACAGCCGCCUGCAUGAUGGACUUGCGCAGAUACCCGCUUGAUGAACAGAACUGCACGCUGGAAAUCGAGAGCUACGGCUACACCACAGAUGACAUCGAGUUUUACUGGCGAGGAGGAGAUCAUGCAGUAACAGGGGUUGAAAGGAUAGAGCUCCCUCAGUUCUCCAUAGUGGACUACAAGCUCAUCUCUAAAAACGUGGUGUUUUCGACAGGUUCAUAUCCUCGCCUCUCCCUGAGCUUCAAGCUUAAGAGAAACAUCGGCUACUUCAUUCUGCAGACCUACAUGCCUUCCAUCCUAAUCACCAUCCUGUCCUGGGUAUCCUUCUGGAUCAACUAUGAUGCCUCGGCUGCCAGGGUUGCUUUAGGAAUCACCACUGUGCUGACCAUGACCACCAUCAACACACAUUUGCGGGAGACGCUUCCAAAGAUCCCAUAUGUCAAAGCCAUUGACAUGUAUCUAAUGGGCUGUUUCGUCUUCGUCUUCCUGGCUCUGCUGGAGUACGCACUGGUCAACUACAUCUUCUUCGGAAGAGGACCGCAGCGGCAGAAGAAAGCUGCAGAGAAAGCCUCCACAGCCAACAACGAAAAGAUGAGAAUGGAUCCCAACAAAUGGUUGGUGGGAAAUGUAGUUCAGAGAGACGAUGCUCUGUAUGCCAGAAUGAAACAGAGGGAUAUUGACGCGCAUGACUCCAUGUGGGAACCCAUCUUUGUGGAUGAUGCAGCAUUAGGACUAGGCAAUUCAAAAAAUAAGAUGGACCCCCAUGAAAACAUCCUUCUCAGUCCUCUGGAGAUCAAGAAUGAAAUGGGCACAUCGGAGUUGAGCCUGGGUUUGGGUGACCCCCGUGCCACCAUGCUGGCCUUCGACAGCUCCUCGCUGCAGUAUCGCAAAGCCGGCCUGGCCAGACACAACUUUGGACGCAAUGCGCUUGAACGCCACGUGGCUCAGAAGAAGAGCCGACUACGACGGCGCACUUCACAGCUUAAAAUCAACAUCCCUGACUUAACUGAUGUCAAUUCAAUCGACAAGUGGUCGAGAAUGAUCUUCCCCACCGUAUUUUCCUUCUUCAACGUCGUCUAUUGGCUUUAUUAUAUCAACUAACUGGAUUCUCGUCCGUCUGAGAAGCGCCACUUAUUUUUAUGUCAGAUUUUGCAAUACAAGCAGGACUUAUGUUGACAAAUUCAGAUCAGGACUAAUUCUCUUUACCUUGGGCUCAGUUUAAUUGCUUGCUGACACUGAUACUCUAAAGAGGUUAAGUACACUGGUGCCU